GUCAUUGAUCGCUUGAACCCUGCUGUCGAGACUCACCACAUUGCAUGUGUUGGGGAUUCUCUCACUGCCUGUGGCUAUCCCAAGUUCUUACAGGCCCGCUUCGACCGUGCAGGGAUGAACGUGCAGGUGCGGAAUUUUGGAGUUGCUGGUGCCACUGCGCAGAAGUUUGCCGACCAGCCGUACUGGGAGGAGCGGAAACUUGACGAUGUGCGAGUGUGGCGACCGCACUUUGUCGUAUUGCUCUUCGGUACAAACGAUGCAAAGUCAGGGAACUGGGAACCCGAGGCAUUUGAGAAGGACUGGGAUGUUCAACCCGUCAUCUAUUUGGGUCCAACCACGAGCCCAAUGAGUGGUGAAGGUGAGGCUGACGGCCUCCGAAAGCGGGGGGUGGCCGAGCCCUCCGGCGACCAGGCACAGGCUACGGACGAUGAGGUGGAGGCAUUGCGCGCCAGCCUUGCUGCAAAGCGAGCUGAGCUGCGCCUCACCUCGGCGCCCAUCACGACGGUGGUGCUGUUCACGAUCAGCGCGAUCGAGUACAUCAUCUAUUGUCUUCGAGCAAUCUUGACAAGCCUGAUAACUUGGCUGCUGGGCGUGCCGCUGUUAGCAGGAUACUUUUAUUUGAAGCUGUCUUAUGCACCAGAGCUCUUCGAGGCACCGGUGUGUGGAGUGAAGACUGCGGCACCGCUGUGGCACCUGGAGCUAGCAGCCAAAGAGGCCGCGUGGUGGAUCAUUCUUGGUGUCUUGUCCUCCGUUGGUUUCGGAACGGGUCUGCACUCAGGCAUGAUGUUCCUCUUCCCCCACGUGCUGCAAGUUGUCAGCGCUGCAGAAAGCUGUCACACAACUAAUGGUCUUAUAGCUUGGUACCAGCACCCUUGCAAGCUAGACUGCAGCACCACCACAGCUCCCUUCGACGAUAGCACUGUGACAUUCUGGAACCUGUGGAUGAAGGUGACAGUUCCCUGCAUGCUAUGGGGGUUUGGAACCGCCGUUGGUGAGCUGCCCCCGUACCUUGUGUCCAAGGCAGCUCGGUUGUCUGGAUCCACCGACGAGGAGUUCGCAAAGGAAAUGGAGGAGGCAAAGAGCAAGACUGACGUCUUCAAUCGAAUGAAGCUGUGGACCGUGAACUUCACGGAGAAACAUGGCUUUCUUGGUAUCUUCCUUCUAGCGUCCUGGCCCAAUGCUGCCUUCGACAUGUGCGGCAUGUGCUGUGGCUACUUACUUAUGCCCUUCUGGACCUUCUUCAUCGCCACUGCACUAGGCAAAGGCGUGGUGAAGGUCAACGGUCAAGCUGUUGUUUUCGUGAAUCUCUUCGGUUCCGCUGCCUUCCAGGUAAUGCUCAAAGGCUUCGACUACCUCAACGGUCUGGUGGAGGCUGUCUCUGGCGAAAACUUCCAAAUCAGCGUGAAGGUAGCCGCACUGCGAGCAAAGCUCCUGGCCAAAUUUAAGCAGCAGUCCAGAUUUGCCCCGGAGCACUUGUUUAGCCGCGACGAGGACAAGAGACUCGUUUUGGAGGAAGUCCUGCACUUGUAUCACACAGAGGACAAGGCCCACGAAAUUGCAGACCGGGUUAUGGAAGCGUGGGACAAGAACGGUGACAAGGCGCUUGAACUGUGUGAGAUUGAGUUGGCCGCUUCUCGAACAGACGGGAAAGUGUCUUUGUCGUCGCUCGACCCUGGUGCCCCCACAAGCUUUCUGAAGGUGUGUUGGGAGCUUUUCAUCGUGUGUCUCAUAUUGUACUUCGUGGUUUCCAUCAUGAAUCAGAUGGCCCAAUCCAAGCAAGCCGAGUAUGACGAGGCCAAAGUCGAAGAGUUGCGGCGGAAGGGUGACAAAAAGAACUUCAACUGCAAGUGUGGCUUCACCUGGAAGUCGCAGGAUGCGCUUAGCAAACCGUGCGUGCCUCCGCGCUGGUCAAGCGAAAGGCUGGUAGAUGUUACAGUCGUUCCAGUCGAAACAGCUGUGGCUGGCGGUGUCUCGGGUGAAAAGCCAGGCCUGGAGCCUAGGCCCGAAGCCGUGUUGGUGACGCCUCCACCGGCCUAUUCGGAAGCCAUGGACGUGCAGCAGGAGGUGGUGAAUCGGAGCUUGCCGGAUGCAGUUUGCCGAGUUGCGGAGGCAGCAGCACGUGCCAUCAAUGAGCCGUUGGAGAAGCAGGCGAAGCGGAGCCGUACCACUUUGCCAGCUGAGCUACUGGCACGUACAUCCUUGGUGGAAGCUUUCGAUCUUCUCGGAGGAUCAAAGCUCAGCAGAAGAAAGUACUUUGCAGAAGAUGGCAUUCAUCUGAACGAGAGAGGCACGAAGCUGCUGGCAGUGGCCGUCUUUGCAGAGCUUCGAUCCAAGGUUGGAAAAUAUCUUCGUAAACGGGCCGAUGAAGCUGCACGGGCAGCUGAACGUCAUCCUGAGCAGAAGUGCUUCGUGGCACUGCAAAUGAACCCAAGCCCACGGAUUUUGAUUCUCCUUGGCCUCUGCAGUAUCAACUCGAAGAUGAAAGAGCCGUUAAUCGUAGACCACAGUCGUUUCCGAGAUAGGGAAACUUACCGUGGAGCUUGA